AUGCUACGUGCUAAGUCCAUGAUACGUGCUAAGUGCUCACCAUUGCUUCUGCUGCUGCUUGCACUGCAAGCCCUCUGCAAAAUCCUCUCUUUCUCAGCUUCCACAACACCUAUCCCCUUUGGACCAAUUACUCGCCUGCUCUCUCAUUCGCGCCUCUCUCACUGUGCAGAGCUGGCCUAUCCAAGGAUGGCAACCAUAUUCCCUUCAGGCGGCGUCCUCACAGACCUCACCAUGCCCUCCACAGGAGCCCUCUUCUCCCCCCAGCCUCUUCCUCUCUUCUCCUUCGCUGUCCUCCGGGACGGCUGUGGUCGAGAGCUCUACUUCAGAGCCAACUUCUCCUUCACCAUGCUGCGCUCCGGCAAGACGGGCGGUGACGGGCUCGCGUUUGUGAUCUCUAAGACGGCCGCGGCCGGCACGCAGGGCGGCAUGGGGUUUGGAGGGAUGGACAAGGCGAGCCUGGCUGUGGAAUUCGACACGUGGUUGAACAAGGAGGAAAAGGAUGCGAGCAACAACCACGUGGGAGUGAACGUGAACAGGAUCUCCAUCUCCAAAGUGGCUGUGAAGAGCAAGCCGCUGCUGAACAGUGGCAUGCCGUACUUUGUGUGGGUGGAGUACAGCCCUGCAGGCAACGGCACGUUGAAUGUGUCCCUCGCCACGUCCCCUAUGGCCAAGCCAGCCAAGCCGCUGCUCUCGACGCCCCUCUCACUGUAUGACGUGCUGCAGCCCACCGAGGGCUCAAACUCGUUCUACUUUGGCUUCGUCGCUGCAUCAAGGGAGAAGUUCACCCAACAGCACACAGUUGGCAUCACCAGCGUUGAAACAGCCACGGGGCUGCUGGUGUCAGAAGCCACGCUGCGCCCCGCCACCACCAGUCCCUUCACGUGCUACGUGAGUGCGGGGUACUCGCCGGCGCAGGACGAGCAGGCGUCGUGGACGACGCGCAGCUACUCCGUGUGGAGCAACACGGGGCAGCUCUGGCAGGCAGCUGACCAGGGCUUCUGUGAGGCAUCUCCUACUUCAUUCGGGCACCUCUUUUGCGCUUCCAUCAGCAAAGCAGAAUGUCACUGUCAUGGGCGUUUAGUUCUCACACCAUACGCUGCAUGCCCCAGACCCAGACAGGAGCUGCUGAGCGUAUGCAGUGGCGACGAGUGUAAAGGCAUCACCCACAGCUUCUCUCUCCCGUUACCUCUCCCCUCCCUGCCAUGCACCGUGCCUGCCAUCCACCCGUUGCUGCAUGCAGGGAGCUGCUGGGCGUACGCAGUGGUGGCGAGCGUAGAGGCGGCAUACGGCAUCGCCAGCAACCUCUCCCUUCCCUUCCCUUUGUACGAACCUCCACUACCGUCUGCCCCGUUGCUGCAUGCAGGGAGCUGCUGGGCAUACGCAGUGGUGGCAAGCGUAGAGGCGGCAUACGGCAUUGCGAGCAACAGCAGCAGCGGCAGCUACCCAUCCCUCUCCGUCAGCUCUCUCUACUCCCUCAUGGGGCUGCCCAGCUGCUCUGAGGGCUCGCCCGCCCUCGCGUUCAAGCGGCUCACUGAAGUGGCGGCCACCAGUGGCGGGCUGGAACAGGCCCCGCCCUCAAAGGCUCCUGUCAGGGCCUCGGCUUUUCCCCUCGCCACGACACUCGCGGUAAGGCCCUCUCUCCAUCCCUCGCGUUUAAGCAGCCCACUGAAGUGGCAGCGUCCAGUGGCGGGCUGGAACAGGGUCCCCUCUCCUCUAAGUAAUCCAUCAGAGCAUCGGCUUCGCCGCUCGCCACGAGUCAUCCGGUAUGGCACCGUCCGGUUCAUGAGCAUGGCUGCUGGCACUCGGUCAAUGGGCAUGGCUGCUGGCACUCGGUCAAUGGGCAUGGCUGCUGGCACUCGGUCAAUGGGCAUGGCUGCUGGCACUCGGUCAAUGGGCAUGGCUGCUGGCACUCGGUCAAUGGGCAUGGCUGCUGGCACUCGGUCAAUGGGCAUGGCUGCUGGCACUCGGUCAAUGGUCAUGGGUGCUGGCACUCGGUCAAUGGGCAUGGCUGCUGGCACUCGGUCAAUGGGCAUGGCUGCUGGCACUCGGUCAAUGGGCAUGGCUGCUGGCACUCGGUCAAUGGGCAUGGCUGCUGGCACUCGGUCAAUGGGCAUGGCUGCUGGCACUCGGUCAAUGGGCAUGGCUGCUGGCACUCGGUCAAUGGGCAUGGCUGCUCGCACUCGGUCAAUGGUCAUGGGUGCUGGCACUCGGUCAAUGGGCAUGGCUGCUGGCACUCGGUCAAUGGGCAUGGCUGCUGGCACUCGGUCAAUGGGCAUGGCUGCUGGCACUCGAUCAAUGGGCAUGGCUGCCCCAUCGUAUACUUGCACUAUUAAGGCAUUGGAAGUCUGCAUGCAAUCACGUGCUCACGCCACCACCGACCUUGUGGUGUGUGCAGGCAGAGAAGUACGUGGUGAAUGA